AUGACGCGCCACGCGCAUUGCAUAGGAAUGAUGUUUUGUUUUUGUGUAAUUACUUCUCGUGAGUUUGGAAACAAGAUUGAUCAAAUGAAAAAGCAUCCUUGCUUGUUAUCAUCUUUCAUUUACAAAGACAAAUUGGUUCAACUAAUGCUCAACUCCGUAAUCCUUCCGUUGACCUUUGUUGCGUCGCUUGUGGUUUCUACGCCACCAGCUUGUUUCCUCUCCUGCAUUGAUCAUAUGGCACGAACAUGUGAAGAGUCCCAUACCGAUUUUGAAUGUUUUUGUGAUAACAGCCCAUCCGUUCUCGGAUGUUUGGUUGAUAUAUGUCCAUAUGGUACUUUUUUUAGUGCUAGGGACCAUUUUUGGGGGACGUGUGUUGAGAUGUUGGAGCCGAGAGGUUUAUACGAGCAGGAUGAGGAUGAGGAUGAGGAGCAGGACGAGGAAGAUGAGGAGGAGGAGGAGCAGGAUGAGGAGCAGGAUGAGGAGGAGUAUGACAAUGAAGGGAGUAAAUGUGUAGGUGAUUAUGAUAUGGAAUGCCAUAAUGAGACUGCGGGAGAUGGUGAUAAUGUCUAUGAAAACGGGG